AUGGAAGACUACAUGAUGAUCCAAUACUCGACAGCGAGCCGACGAACCGCUCGCCGAGCCAUAAACCGCCUACAUCGUCAAUAUGGUACUGAAUAUCGUAUGGGAACAGGAGCAGAUACAUUGUCACCGGCUUCUGGUGGAUCGGAUGACUGGGCGAAAUCCAACGGUAUCAAAUAUGUCUAUCUGGUGGAAUUGAGACCAGAAUAUGAGCUAUCGAAUGGAUUCAUCCUUCAUAAAAAGGAGCUGAUUCCGACAGCUGUCGAGACAUUCGAAGGUGUUAAGGAAGUAAUUGAAGCAGUUUUGGAGCACAACAAGAUCGUGAAGGAUCCUCUGUCACGUAUCGCACCUCAGCUUAGAAAGAAGCAGUUAUACAGAAUGCGCCUACUGGGAUUGGCAAACGGACAGCCAACGAUGACCACAACGGAACUGCCAACGACUCAAACGACUGCUGAAGAAACUAUAUCUGGUGUUUGUGUGCUUAACGAACGCUCUAAAGACUGGGAGACAAUCGAAUACGAUGUUCUGGAGGAGAAGGAUAUCGGGAGGGACCAGCCGAAGCUCCUAGUUGAGAAGAUCUUCGAGAUACUAGAAGGGAACGCCUAG